GCGCCUGAGUCCAUGGCUGCAGACACGACACGCUGUUUGCAUAGUGUACAAAAGGAGUGGCCCGACAGCGCCUGACUUUAGUAGACUUCCUGACAAAGACACGAGGACCUCGCCCACAAGUCGUCUUAUCGGACCUCAGGUGACGGAUUUGCACCACCAGAACAUCUUUAACAGGAGCCGUCACAAUGCCAAACAAUUACAAGAAGUACUUCAAGCUGGUUUUGGUCCCUGGGCUCCUGUUUACGGUCAGCUUUUAUUUGCUGAGCCCUUCUAAUGGCUCAAAACAAGGAAGCCGAGAACGGAAACUCCUCAGCAAAAAAAUUCAAGACUCCAUUAGUGGUUAUCCUGAUGCUGCUUACCACAUUAAAGAGGAUGUUGCAAGUCGUUUGGCUUCAAACUCGUGUGUUUGUCUGACUGAGGAAAGAACCUUAAACAUGCCGUUCUCAGAUCUGCUCUUCCCCCGUGUUUGGGCCAGCAACCUCCAGCAUGCUUUCAUGGAAAACCACCCUGAUCCCAAAAAUGUAAAAAAGCACGGAGACGAGGAGUAUGAAAGCUUUCGAAAAAGGUUCUACAGUCCAGCAGAUGUGCUGAUUAUAGCUGAGGCCAACAAUCCUCUUCAGUACCCAACCCAGGGUGUAGAGGUGCAGCCCCUCAAAACGAUUCUCAUUCCAGGUCUGAGUCUGAAACAGGAAGGAAAACCCAACUAUAUGGUCCAUUUGACAGCAACGUUGGGGACGUUUGACGUUGCUGCCACAGUGGAUAUGGUCUCCAUGGAAGGAGCAGGAGAGAAGCACUUGAUGCUGUCAAGUCCUCUGAUCUCUGCUCUGAAUAGGCAGCUGAAGUUCGUCACCUACACUAACACCAUGUUUCAUCCAAAGACGGCUGAUUCAAUUCUGUUUGCAACUGAGCAUCAUGAAUCCUUUUUCACCAUCAAGGUUGCACACAGAAUCAGCCCAAAACUUUACAGUUCUGGAUAUGAAAGAGAAUACAACAUUAGUUCUCUGGUUACUAUUGCCACCAAGACCUUCUUACGCUACGACAAACUCAAAGAUCUCAUUGACAGCAUUAGGCAGUUUUAUCCCAACGUCACCAUAGUGGUAGCAGAUGAUAAUGAACACCCGCAGCCAGUGACCGGUCCUCACAUUGAACAUUACAUCAUGCCAUUUGGAAAGGGUUGGUUUGCUGGAAGAAACUUGGCAGUGUCUCAGGUGACUACAAAGUAUGUGCUCUGGGUUGAUGAUGAUUUUAUCUUUACUUCAAAUACCAAACUGGAAAAGAUGGUGGAAAUCCUGGAGAAAACCACUCUGGAUUUGGUUGGUGGUGCCGUGAGGGAGGUUACAGGUUACACCGCCACUUAUCGCCACACAAUUUCAGUGGAGGAAGGGGGACCAGACGGUGACUGUUUACACAUGAGAAUUGGACAUCACCACGUCAUCGAGGGAUAUCCGGAUUGUGUGGUAGUGGAUGCUGUUAUCAACUUCUUCAUGGGACGGACGGACAAGGUGCGGCAGGUUGGCUUUGACCCCCGUCUGUCACGGGCAGCCCACCUGGAGUUUUUCGUUGAUGGUCUGGGCACUCUUCACAUUGGCUCCUGUAGUGACAUUGUCAUAAAUCACGCAUCAAAGAUCAUCCUACCCUGGAGCAAAACGGAAUCCCAAAAGGCCUAUGACCAUUUCAGAUACUCGUCUAUUGGAGUGGAUAAAAAUCUUCAUAAUGAAAUCUACUAUUUUAAGAACAGGUUCAAGUGCAUGACCAGUCAAUAAAAAACUGGACUUUAUUAAUGAGACUGACAACUGCUAAUUUUCUCAGGUAAAUUAAAACUUUUUUUGCACUGUUGUUACUCAGGUUGGUGUGGUUAUACUUUUGAAGUAGUUAUUGUGUUUCCAACAAGAUAUUUAAACUAUUUUGUCAAAGGUCCUGCCAUGUGCCUGUUAAAGAAGCUUAAGUCGAGCUUUUCUUAUUUUUUGGACACUCUUCGUCAUUGUGUUAUCUUUUACACUGUGUGAAUUUACUAUUUACUUCUGAUGCUUUACAGUUUUCUGAAAGAUUUUUAUUGUCUAUUGUCAUGUUAUGUAAAUUAUCAAAAUAAUAUAUAACAAGUAAAAUGGUAUAGUCUUGUAGGACAAAGAAAUAAAUGCAGUCAUUUCACGAAGUGAGUUAAGAAUUCAACAAUCAUGUUUGGAUUUACUUUGAGGUAUUAGAAAAAUGAGAAGAGUUAUAACCACUAAAGAGGCUGACCUCUGUUAAUGCCACAAUAUUCUCUGUCGCCGCAGAGGGAUUGGACUUGCACACUUCUCAUUACCAUAAUUCCUGAACCAUUCAAUAUAUCAUUAAAAUUCCAAAGGAAGUGAUUGGUAGUCAUUCCACUCCAAUCCAGUUGGUGGCGGUAAUGCACCAAAUUGUUGUUUGCCAAGUGCCUUAAGACCACAAAUAAUAAGAAGAGAGGCGGGAUAGUUUGUAACAAACUCGAAGCGGUAGUCAGAACAUUAAGCAUGAAAUGGAGUUAUCCUAGUGGCUCCAAUAAGAUAAAGAAGCAGCAUGCUUCAUAAAAGCUUUUAUCUUCACUUCUGAAAGUGACGUUGUUUUUCGAUGUAAACAUCAAAAGGAAGCAGAAAGGAAAAACAAUGGAAAAUGUUUAAAGGGAGGAAAACAUAGACCAAAAUGGAAAAUAGAAAAUAAAAACUAAGGCAAAAGCACAGGAGCACUGACAGGAAAAAGAAAGCAGAGCAAAUAUUGAAAGCGCUCAAAGGGAGGGAAAUAUAGGAAAAAAGAGGAGGACUAAUAAAACGGGAAAGUAGCUCAUGUCAGAAGAGGGGAGAGUCUUGCAAAUCCAUUUAAAGGUAAGAUUGUCGAAAAUUUAGUGUAAAGGGCCUCAUGUCUGUGUUCACCUUGGGCCCCCAAAUUGCUAAAUCCGCCUCUUAUCAGCUUGAAUCAGUCGGCCCAUUCUCCUCUGACCUAUAGCAUCAACAAGGCAUUUUCGCCUACAGGACUGCCGCAUACUGGAUGUUUUUCCCUUUUCACACCAUUCUUUGUAAACCCUAGAAAUGGUAUGCGGCUUGGGGUGGGAGGCUGCGGGCGGGCCUGUGGGCUUGCCGCUGAGAUCUCCCAGGACUCUGCCGACUGCGGGUUGUGGUCCCCCGGAGCAAUCCUCUGCUCAUCUCGAGAGGGGACUGGGGCUUUUCUGAUUACGGUCUCCCUGAGGUCCAUGCGUUCUGGGGCAGCUCCUGGAUCUCUGGGACUUGGAGCUCCCUCCAUCUUCUAUGCAUCUUUGGAGGCAGAUCUGUGGCCCCUCACACUCCCUAUUGGAUGCUCCCUUAAAGAGCUCCCUUAAAGAAACCUUACAUAUACAAGCGCGUGUACACACACAGGUGCUCUCAUAAGUAUGGACUAGGCACAUUCAACACGUCUUAAGGCUGUGGUUGGCACUUAAUGCACUGUGAUUUAUUAUCGUGAUUGUUCAGUAAAACAAUGUUGAUUUUAUAUUUCCUCAUCAGGUUGACACAGUGAUAGCUUGCUCUUGUAUUGUUUUGUGUUGUUUUUCUCUUCUCUUACUGCAGGUCUAGAAGCAGACUCUUGUUCAUCAUUGAUUGUUUAUUUUUGUGGAAACACCCCCCGCCCCCACCCCCACACCCCACCAUCUCCUUUUGUCUCUUCCUCUAUCUUUCACCUCUGUCUCAGUGUCUGGUUGGAAUUAUAAAGCAUUCAAAAAACAAUAACAAUAAAGUUUUAAGUAUCAAGCGUGAAAUUAAAGUAGAAGCUUUGAUGCUCCACUUGAGAGCAUUCAGACAUCAAUUCUGUUUGCUUCACAGCCAGACAGGGCACGGAAAAUAAAUAAAUAAAAAAUAAAUGGUUAUACGUGAAAAUCCCAGUAACUGAGCAGAUUGUGAAAUACUCAGAACCAUGCCAUGCUCAAAAUAGCUUAAAUCACCUUUCUUUCCCAUUCUGACAUUCAUUUUGGAGUUCAGGAGAUUGUCUUGAUCAGGACCACACCCCUAAAUGCAUUGAAGCAACUGCCAUGCCCAGAGGUGUUUAGCACAUGUUGGCCCCUUUGUAAAUGGUCAUGAAAAUAAAGAAAACACAUUGAAUGAGAAGGUGUGUCCAAACAUUUGGCCUGUACUGUAUAUCAUACCCGUUUGCGUUAGGUUUAACAAUUGUGUGAUUUUCUGGUUGACUCCUGUUUAUGUUUGUGUUUAGCAGACUGUUGCCUUAAGUGGUUAAAAAAAGACUUGUUGGAUUUGCUGUGAGUGUGAAAGCUCCUUUCAACUUCCACGAAAGUUGACUGAUGGCAGACAGAUUGUUGCUAUUGCAUCGUUUCACCACAAGAUGGAAAUAAAAGAUCAGACUAAACAUGCAGA